GCCGCGUUGGUAUCAAACGAAAAUGGCACGGAACAUUGUUUUGGUAUGGGCACUCCUUGCACUUAUGCUCAAUCAUGUAGGUGCACAAAGAGAUCCGAUUGAUGGGGCUAUCACAGUGUCGGAUGAGGACAUCAGAAUGAAUCAGAUGCAGAUGCUGGGUUCACACAACUCUUACCACAUAGCGCCAGCUCCUGAUCUCCUG